CUUCACUUCGGUUCAUGAGUAAAGCGAAUUAAAUGGCACUAGACAUGUAUUAAUAAUUAGAUAUUUCGUUGUAUUUACGUUUGUUUAAUCCGCCAUUUUUGUUUACAUUGAAGUGGAACGCCAUGUUUCCUGCCAGCACGAGAAAUGCAGAGCAGCUGGGUUAUUAUCAGGAGAGCUCAGUGGAAGGGAAACGUUAUGAGUGGCAGCUGUCUAACGGACACACGUGGAUGCCGAUUGCCAACGACCAUGUGAUCGAGACCCACUACUGCCAGCCUGGAGCCAAAGGAAUCACCAUCAACUUUAGCAACCAACAGAAGGUGUUCAUAGACUUUGAUCAGCUGGAGACUCUGCCUGCAGGUCUGAAGGUGCAGAGACUGAGCUUCUUACUUCAGGGACAGACUGAAGACGUCGGCUGGUACUUCAGAGACGACCAGCUGUGGCGAGAAUAUGGCUCUCAGAUUUCCGGCUCGUUGUCCUCCUCAAUCAGCAGCUUGGACGUGGAGCAUCAGUUCAGUCAGAACCGGCAGGGAGCCUUCAGCUUCACCGUGGGCUCCACAGGCUACACGCUCGACUUCUCCACCAUGACUCAAACUAACUGUAACACCGGCCUGCAGAGGAAAGUACGGAGGAGACCAAAGUUCACCUCCAACACAGAGAGCUUUUACUCCUCCUCAGGUCUACCAUCAGCCUCCUCCUCCCAGCUCACUGAUGGAGGCUACAAAUGGGAGUUCAUGGGAGAAGAGGGGCAAUGGACAGAAUACAAAGCACAUCUGUGUUCGUUCGACAGCGGUGCCAUUGAGAAACAAUACCAGAUGAAUCCUCGGGGACAGCUGAGAUUCAAAGUCAGGACAUACUCGUACACUCUGGAUUUCUCAAGUAUGAGUCAAGUCAAUGAGCGGAUCGGGACCAGAAGAGCCGUGAGGAGGACUGUGGCCGAUGGGAGUCAACAGAGCAGCAGUCUGGGCUCACAGCCACGAUGGCAGUUUCAGGAUGUCGGUGGAAUAUGGAAAGAUUAUUCUGAAGCGAGCAGCAUUUCCAGUCAGAACAUCGAGCUCCAGUACCAACAGAACCCGUCAGGCUCCAUGGUGUUCUACACCAAGAACUUCAGCUACCAGCUAGACUUCUCAGCCAUGACUCAGAUGAACCUGUCCACCACCACCACCAGAUCAGUGAGACGGCUAAACCAGUGA